AUGACAAUGACUGUAAUGGUGAGGUGUUACCUGCUCUGUUCACUAACUCUUGCACUGUGUUGUGCCUGUGGGUUAGUAUGGGCUGAUGGUCCUAAAGCUUCCAAUGCCCUUAUUAAACCUUCCACUGUUGGUGUUCCUUCUCUUGUUCGUCAUGCUAUUCCUGCAGAUGGAGGCUCGUGGGUUUCGUUUGAGGAGGAUGGUGGGGAUGCGCAUGAUUCUGAAACAUCUACUUGUGUUGAUAAUUCGGAUUCUCAUGGUUGUCGUAAAUCCAUUGCUACUCACGGAUCUGGUGACGAUGAGGACCUAAAACAGAAGAAAGAUGAAAGCAAAGAAGAAUUGAAAAAAGGUCAAGAAAUGGAACGGACGAACUCAGAUCUUGAGAGGACACAAGCAGAUCCGCAUGCCAAUCAACACAAGGGUGCAAACAACAGCAACCCAUUAAGUCUGCACGAGGGAAGGGGUUCUGAAGUUUCUCUUGAUUCUGAAGAGCUCUCUGCUGGUCAACCUCAGUUGCCAAGAAAAACAAAUCCAGAUGACCCUCUUCAUGGAGCUAUCGGUGGUAAAACAAAGGAACAAGUUGAACAUAUUGGUGCUCCUGAUGGUGGGAGUUCAGGUUCUAGUUCAUCCCGUUCCUCUUCUCAUCCUUCUCCUACUCCUUCUCAACCUGAACCUGCCGUCUCAACUACAUAUCAAGCACGUGAUAAGAAUACAGUGGAUUCAAAAAGAAUAAAAAACGGUGAACACGUUGCCUCUCACAAUAUUGGUGCUGGGGACGAAAACGAACAACAGAGACAAGAGACAUCUGUUAGGGAGAACCAAUCACAAUCCACCAGGCAGGAAAGCGCACGAGAGUCUCUUCUGCAAGUACCUGUUUCUACACCAGAAACGCAAAAAGCAUUAAACAAACAGGAAUCCCAAUCACAAACAGAAUCACAUGAUACACAAAACCCGCAGACCACACAAGCAAAUGUGCAAGGAACUAAUAAUGGACAUGACUCUUCUGCUCCCACUACUGAAAGUACAGGUGACGUUUCUCCCAGCAACACAACCACAGAUGUUACCCAUAAUAAUCAGGCAGAGAAUGGAACUAAUGUUGCAAAACCUGCAGAGAGUGAGUCAUCCACCACCACCACAACAACAACAACAACAACAACACUUCCUCCUGAACUCACAAACAACAAGAAGAGUGAUGCAGACAGCAGCAGCAGUAUCAGCAGUUCUGUGUGGGUGCGUGUACCACUACUGAUUGUGGUUACACUGUCCUGUAUUCUUGUGUGCUGA